AUGCUGGGAGUUUUAGAAAUUACCCCGGUAUUACUACUGGGCCUCUACACAUCACUAUGCCUUGGGGAGACCCUCCAUUUCUACACCAAUGAAGAAGAAGCUCUUGGAACCAUAAUUUCUGUUCUAUCACAUCAUCCUAUGUUCAACUCCAGUGAAGGUCCUGCUACUAAUUUCCGUGUUAUGAAGCAGCUCAACAGUACCUUCAUCCAGGUGCGAGAGAGUGAUGGGCAACUGAGCAUCAAGGAAAGGGUAGACCGGGAGCAGAUCUGCAGGAGGUCUCCAAAUUGUGUUCUUGCUCUGGACCUCUUCAGUUUUUCGAAGGAUGCCUUCAAACUCAUUACUGUGAAAGUUGAGGUGAGAGACAUUAAUGAUAAUACCCCCCAUUUCCCCAGUCCUGAAAUGCAUGUGGAUGUUUCUGAAGCAGCUGCAUUGGGUACAAGAAUCCCAUUGCAGAUAGCAGUGGAUGAAGAUAUAGGUCUCAAUUCUGUCCAGGACUAUCUAAUCUUAGGUAAUAGUCACUUUGGCCUUGAUGUACAGACCAGGGCGGAUGGACUAAAAUACGCCGACUUAAUUCUGAUGAAGGAGCUUGAUAGAGAAAGUCAGGCUGUCUACAGGCUGGACCUGAUGGCUAGUGAUGGAGGAAGCCCUCCACUUUCCGGCAGUACAACCGUGAUUGUUCGUGUUCUGGACUUCAAUGACAAUAGUCCAACCUUCCAGAAGAGUUCUGUCACCGUAGAUUUGUUGGAGAAUGCUCCUACAGGCCAUCUUGUAGUUGAUUUAAGUGCAACUGACACAGAUGAAGGUGCAAAUGGAGAAAUUGUGUACGGUUUUACUGCUCAAGUGUCUCAAGAGGUACAUGAACGCUUUAAAAUUGAUCCAAAAUCAGGUGGUGUCAUAUUGAAAAGUGAAGUUGACUUUGAAACUAAACAUUUGUAUGAAUUUGAUGUCCAAGCCCAGGAUCUUGGGCCUAACCCAUUAACAGCAACUUGUAAAGUCACUGUGAACAUUAUAGAUGUCAACGAUAAUGCUCCAGCCAUUACUGUGACUCCCUUGACUUCCUUUGACCAUGGAGUUGCUUAUAUCACAGAGGCAGCUGCUAAAGACACUUUAAUUGCAUUGAUCAGCACCUCAGAUAGAGACUCGGGCCUAAACGGCAAAGUCCACAUAACCCUUUAUGGACAAGAUCACUUCAAGCUGCAGCAAGCCAAUAAGGAUAGCUUCAUGAUAGUCACCACCUCACUUCUAGACCGGGAAACCAUAGCUGAAUACAACCUCACCCUGGUGGUCGAAGAUAUGGGCGUUCCAUCAAUGAAGACAAUCAAAAAGUAUACCAUCAGAUUGACCGAUGAAAAUGAUAACGCUCCUUUCUUCAAAAAAACUAUAUAUGAAGUGUCCUUUCCAGAAAAUAAUGCCCCUGGAGUUUAUAUUACUACAGUAUCUGCUGGAGACCCUGAUGCUGGUCACAACGGCAAAGUAUCUUAUAGACUCUUGGAUGCAAAAAUAAUGGGACAGUCCUUGUCCACUUUUGUGGUUGUUGAUGUUGACUCAGGGGUUCUACGGGCAGUACGGUCUUUGGACUAUGAGAAGCUUAAAGAACUCAACCUUGAUAUUGAGGCCUAUGAUCAUGGAGUUCCCAAGCAUUCGACACGUACUCAAAUGAAGAUUAAGAUAACUGAUGAAAAUGACAACUAUCCAACGAUAAUCUCUCCUCUACUCGAAAACGGAGCAGCAGAUAUCCUGCUGCCGGUCAAAGCGCCACAAAAUUACUUGGUAUUUCGGGUGAAGGCCACAGAUGCAGAUGAUGGAGCAAACUCUCAGUUGUCCUACACUCUACAGGAUAAGCAUAAGCUAUUUACAAUGAAGAGAGACACUGGGGAGGUCUACCUACGUAGAAGAAUCAACCCAGUACAAGAUAAAGAUCUCAGUAUAGUAGUGGCUGUAGCAGACAAUGGUAGACCAUCGCUGUAUUGCAAUGCAACCAUAAGAUUCACACUUACUGAUAUUACUCCAUCAAACAUGGAGAUAGUCAUGCACCCAUCUGAGGAGGAACAGCAUCAACUAGACCUAUCCAUAAUCUUCAUUUCGGUGUUAUCAGGAGGUUGUAGUUUACUUCUGGUGGCCAUUUUGUUAGUUGCCUGUUCCUGCAAACGAAGAUCUGAUCAGUCUAAGCAACAAUCCACAGGGAGCGCUGUAGAAACAAAAGAACGACUACUCAACACUACCGCCCAGUUUAAGGAACGUCCCUCAUCUUCUCCCGAGUCCUGUCAGCAGUCCCUCGAUACAGAGACUGAGAACCUCAGUGUGUCCUCCACUAGGGAACAGUGCGGAGAACUCCACUCAGCUUCAUCCAGCUCGGUUUCAGCUCCUUCGUGUACGUCUGAUUGGCAACAGGACAGAUUGUCGGACGGUGUGAGGAGUUCCCAUCCAGAGACCGUAAAGGAAGGUGACAAUGACGUCAACAACAGCACCCCCGACACCAGCGGGGAAGGUGUGAGGAAGGGAAGUGGACAGCCCACCCAGGAACAAACAGUCUUGUCCUAG